AGUGUGGGUGAGGAAGAGAUUUGUCAGCUGGAAGAGAGAGGAAGUCAGUAUAGAGUACUGAGAAAAUGCUUUGCUGAAAUUAGAGAUCAGACGCCAGCUCUGAGAGUCGGAAGUUUUACAGUGACAUGCUGCUUCUGCUACUUCUAUUGCUGGCAGUUAUCAUCCCAGGGGGUGACAGUGAAGAUGCUGUCCAGGGACCAACUUCUUACCAUGUCAUCCAGAUUUCGACCUAUGCCAAUAGCACCUGGGCACAAAACCAAGGCUCAGGCUGGUUGGGUGACUUGCAGAUUCAUGGCUGGGACAGUGACUCAGGCACUGCCAUUUUCCUGAAGCCCUGGUCCAAGGGCAACUUCAGCAAUGAGGAGGUGACUGAAGUUGUGGACCUCCUCCGAGUCUACCUCAUUGGAUUCACUCGUGAAGUGCAGGACAAAGCCAAGGAAUUCCAGUUAGAAUACCCCUUUGUGAUCCAGGGUACAGCAGGCUGUGAACUGCAUCCUGGAAAGGCCAUAAGUAGCUUCUUGAGGGGAGCUUUAGGAGGACUGGAUUUUGUGAGCCUCAAGAAUAAUUUAUGUGUGCCUGCUCCAGAGGGAGGCAGCAAGGCCCAGCAAUUCUGUGCACUCAUCAUUCAGUACCAAGGCAUCUUGGAUAUCAUUGAGACACUCCUCUCAGAAACCUGUCCUCGAUAUCUCUUGGGUGUCCUUGAUGCAGGGAAGGCAGAACUACAGAGGCAAGUGAAGCCUGAAGCGUGGCUGUCCAGUGGCCCCACUCCUGGACCUGGUCGUCUGCUGCUCGUCUGCCACGUCUCAGGAUUCUACCCCAAACCCGUGUGGGUGAUGUGGAUGCGGGGUGAGCAAGAGCAGCCCAGCACUCAGCGAGGUGACAUCCUGCCCCAUGCAGAUGGGACGUGGUAUUUCCGAGUAACCCUGGAUGUGGUGGCUGGGGAGGUAUCUGGCUUGAGUUGCCGAGUGAAGCACAGCAGCCUAGGAGACCAGGACAUCAUCCUUUACUGGGGACACCCCACCUCCAUCACCUUGAUAGUUUUGGCCAUAAUAGUGCCCUUCUUGAUCCUUUUAAUAUGUCUUGCAUUAUGGUAUUGGAGGCGCUGGAGCCCAGAAACUCAAGCUGUCAUCACAGAAAUCAAUCUUAACAUGUUUCAUCAAAUAAUCACCAUAUUUAAUCAAAUCAAAUUCCUAGAGACUGUGAGAGAAAUGAUAAUUCAUAUGCUAGCAGAAAAAUAAUUGAAAAUUGCACAUUUAUUAUAAGGAGAUAUCAAUCAUAGGGUCCACUUGGAUUUCAUGGAUGUCAGAUGUGAGAAAGAAUGUUCCUUGGAAUAAAUGAGAUAAUGUAAAGACUUA